AUGACACCAUUUCAAAGGCCUGGUUUUCUUCUCCUUAUUAUUCUCUCUCUCUGUUUACUUCCAUUGAAGAUCACAUCAUCAGCAAGAACAGAAGCAGAUGCUCUUGUCAAAUGGAAGAACACCUUAUCAUCUUCAUCCCUCAGUUCUUGGUCUUUCACCAACCACAAAAACCUUUGUGACUGGCCAGGCAUUGUCUGCAAUACAGCUGGAAACGUCUCCGAGAUAAACCUCUCAUAUGCAAAUGUUAAUGGAACACUUAUCCAGUUCAGUUUCACUUCAUUUCCGUAUCUCACUCGUUUCGACCUUAGCUACAAUAACUUCAGCGGGUCGAUACCAUCCAGAAUUGGCAAGCUAGCCAAGCUCACAUUCCUGGACUUGAGCAGUAACUAUUUUGAUGACAUUAUCCCUUCAGAAAUUGGACAGUUGACCAAGCUUCGAUACCUGAAUAUUUUCAGCAACAAACUAAAUGGUGCCAUUCCAUAUCAAGUUAGCAAUCUUCAGAAGGUAUGGUACCUAAACUUUGGGUCAAACUACUUAACUACUCCAAACUGGUCGAAGUUUUCAGGCAUGCCUUCAUUGACACACCUAAACCUUUUUUCCAAUGAACUUACCUUGAAAUUCCCAAAUUUUGUACCUCAGUGUCCGAAUCUGACAUACGUCGACUUAUCAUCUAACCAUUUAACUGGCCUAAUACCUGAAUCGGUGUUCAUCAAUUUGAGCAAGCUUGAAUAUCUCAACCUCACCACGAAUUCAUUUCAAGGGCCAUUGUCAUUAAAGUUCUCCAAGCUUUUCAAGCUCAAAGAUCUUCGCCUAGGAAAUAACAAUCUCACAGGCACAAUUCCUGAGGAGAUAGGUUUGAUGUCUAACCUUCAACUCAUUGAGUUGCGUAACAAUUCGUUUGAAGGAAAGAUUCCCAGUUCCCUGGGCCAACUCUGGAAGCUUCAGACCCUCGAUCUCGAAAUAAAUAAAUUGAAUUCCAGUAUUCCUUCUGAGCUUGGCCUGUGUACUAACCUUACCCGCCUGGCUUUAGCCAUGAAUUCACUUACUGGAGUGUUGCCUUUAUCCUUGUCGAAUCUGAAAAAGAUAUCUGAUUUGGGUAUUUCCGGUAAUUUUCUUUCUGGUGAGAUCUCACCUUACUUCAUCACCAAUUGGACCGAGUUGACGUCAUUGCAAAUUCAAUACAAUUCUUUCACUGGAAAAAUCCCACCCGAAAUCAGCCUAUUGACAAAGCUUAACUACCUUUUCCUGUAUAAUAAUCAUCUCACUGGUCCAAUCCCGCCAGGGAUUGGAAACUUGAAAGAUUUGUUGUCUUUAGACCUUUCAACAAACCAGCUCUCAGGUCCAAUUCCUCCAGCAAUUGGGAAUCUCUCAAACCUUACUCUCCUAAACCUCUUUUCCAACAAUCUUAGUGGAACCAUUCCGCCUGAAAUUGGAAAUUUGACAUCACUGCUUACUCUUGGUCUCAACACUAACCAGUUGAAAGGAGAGUUACCGGAUUCCUUGUCUAACCUUGAUAAACUACAGAUGCUUUCUCUGUACACCAAUAAUUUCACUGGCAGCAUCCCAAGGGACUUGGGGAAGAGAAGUCCAUCUUUGGUAUUUGUUAGUUUUUCAAACAACAGCUUCUCUGGAGAAUUGCCCCCUGGAUUAUGCAGUGGUUACACUCUUCAGUUUUUGACGGUGAAUGACAACAAAUUCAGUGGGCCAUUGCCGGAUUGCUUGAAGAAUUGCUCAGAACUAAUUCGAGUCCGUCUUGAAGGGAAUCAGUUCUCUGGAAACUUAUCGGAGGCAUUUGGAGUCCAUCCAAAUCUUGUUUUCAUCACUCUUAGCGACAACCAAUUCUCAGGGAAACUCUCACCUAAGUGGGGACAAUGUGCAAAUCUCACAAAUUUACAAUUAGAUCGAAACAAUAUCUCCGGUGAAAUUCCAGCAGAGCUAGGGAACUUGACACAACUGCACAUCCUGAGGCUGGACUCAAACGAAUUGGCUGGUGAAAUUCCUACUGAACUGGGAAAGCUUGGCUUGUUGUUCAACCUCAACCUGAGGAACAACCAUUUGACAGGAGAGAUCCCUCAGAGUAUGGGCAACUUAACAAAACUACAAUUUCUUGAUUUGUCAAUGAACAAGUUUACUCAAAGAAUCCCAAAAGAGCUUGGCAAUUGUGAGAGCUUACUGAGCUUGAACUUGAGCAACAAUGUUUUGUCGGGGGAAGUACCAUCCGAGCUUGGGAGUCUAUUUAGAUUGCAGUAUCUCUUGGACAUCAGUAGCAACUCACUAUCAGGAACAAUUCCCUCCAGCUUUGGAAAGCUUUCCUCAUUGGAGAAUCUCAAUCUUUCACAUAACAAUCUCUCAGGUAGAAUUCCAUCAGCCCUAUCUGGCAUGAUUAGUUUACAAUUCAUUGAUGUUUCUUACAAUGAGUUGUAUGGUCCAAUCCCUACUGGUAAGAUGUUCCAAACAGCACCGGCAAAUGCUUUCUUUGGAAACUCAGGCUUGUGUGGAGAUGCAGAAGGCUUAUCCCCUUGUAAUGCUCGUUCUCCAAGAGAGAAGUCGAAGAAACACCAUGAAACUGUUCUUAUCAGUGUCAUUGUCUCAGUUGUUAGUCUAAUAAUUUUGGCAAACAUCGUUGCUGGAUGUUACAUCUUUCAUGGGAAAAUUAAGCAAUAUGAAGAAGAGUCUAAAAAUGCCAAUAAAGAUGAAAAUUUUGAGUCGCUGAUAUGGGAAAGAGAAGGAAAAUUGACAUUUGGGGAUCUCAUGAAAGCCACCGAGGACUUCAAUGAUAAGUACUGCAUUGGGAGAGGAGGGUUUGGAAGUGUUUACAAGGCUGUAUUGUCAAAGGGCCACACAGUAUUAGCAGUUAAAAGGCUUAAUAUGUCAGAUUCUAGCGACAUUCCAAUGAUGAAUCGGCAAAGUUUUGAGAAUGAGAUUCGGGCUUUGACAGAAGUUCGACACCGGAACAUCAUUAGGCUCCACGGGUUCUGUUCUAAGAAGGGGUGCAUGUACUUGGUUUAUGAUUAUGUAGAGAGAGGUAGUUUGGGGAAAGUGUUGUAUGGUGAAGAGGGGACAGUGGAACUAGGUUGGGGUACGAGGGUGAAGAUUGUGCAAGGAGUGGCUCAUGCACUCGCUUACUUGCACCACGAUUGCAAUCCACCUAUUGUGCACCGUGAUGUAACUUUAAACAAUAUUUUGCUCGAGCCAGAGUUUGAUCCACGGCUCUCAGAUUUCGGCACAGCCAAGCUGUUGAGCUCGGAUACAUCUAAUUGGACUACAGUUGCUGGCUCUUAUGGCUACAUGGCUCCAGAGCUUGCGUUCAGCAUGCGGGUGACAGAGAAAUGUGAUGUUUAUAGCUUUGGAGUGGUGGCAUUGGAAGUUUUGAUGGGAAGGCACCCAGGGGAGCUCCUAUCUUCUCUUUCAUCACUAACAACAUCAUUGUCAAGUGAUUCAGAUUUGUUCUUGAAGAAUGUGCUAGACCAACGGUUCCCACCUCCCACAGGCCAAUUAGCAGAUCAAGUGGUGUAUAUAGUUACGUUGGCCCUGGCAUGCACGCGUGCCACACCGGAAUCACGACCCACCAUGCGGUUUGUUGCGCAAGAAUUAUCGGCUGAAACUCAGGCAUACCUGGCUGAACCUUUGAGCAUGAUACAGAUGAGCAAGCUUACAGGCUUUCAGAAGUAAAUCAUAUAGUAAUGAUUUUUGCCAAAUAAAUGCAGCUUAACACCUUAGGAACCACCCCUACAUGUAUUUUGGUUUGGCUUGUACUAUAUUUGUGUUUCCAGUCAAUG